GCAGCUUGCAGGUCUGGUCCCGAAGCUGACUCCUUCCACCAGAGAGAGACACAGAGAGAGAGAGAGAGAGAGAGGAGACCCAGGGAGAGACGGAGAGGAGACCGAGACACCUAGUAAGAUGUACAGAUCCACCAAGGGGGCUUCCAAAGCCAGGAGGGAUCAGAUCAACGCCGAGAUCCGGAAUCUAAAGGAGCUGUUACCUAUUUCAGAGAGCGACAAGUCCCGACUCUCCUAUUUACACAUCAUGUCUCUGGCUUGCAUCUACACCAGGAAAUCUGUCUUCUUUGGCCCAGAAGGGGCUUUGGAAGGAAGCGUCCCCCUGAUCUCUUCCCCAGAACUGGCCGACUUUGUGCAGUCUCUCCCUGGUUUUCUCAUCGCCCUGAGCAGCGACGGCAAACUCAUCUACGUCUCGGAGAAUGUGUCCGAGCAUCUGGGACAUUCGCUGGUGGAUCUGGUCUCCCAAGGCGACAGUAUUUACGAUAUAACCGACUCUCUGGACCAUUUGGUGUUAAGCAGCAAUCUGGCGUUUGUGUCCGCCACUGAGAACGAGCGCCUGUUCCGCUGUCGCUUUAACACCUCCCGCUCGGUGAGGAGACACAGCGCUGGCAAUAAGCUGGUGUUGAUCAGGGGCCGCUAUCACCAGCCUCCGCCCGGCACCUACUGGGCCUCCAAGCCGGUCUUCAUCGGCUUCUGCACCCCCCUGGACACCAGGCCCCGGCACUUCAGUAACCAACUCUUCCUCGCCUCGUUUGAGAGCCAGCACUCCAAAGACAUGGUCUUCAACCAGCUCUCCGACAGUGUUGGUUAUUACCUGGGUUACCAGAAGACUGAGCUCAUCGGCACAUCCUGGUAUAAUCUCCUGCAUCCUCAUGAUCUCUCCCAUGCCUCUGCUCAGCACUACCGCUUUUUGAGUGGAGGAAGUGAAUCUAGAGUGGAGAUGGUUAUCCGGCUUCAGUCUAAGGAUGGCCAGUGGAUCUGGGUCUACGUCGUGGUGCAAAUCGAAUGUGCUGAGGUGCCAGUCCUUUGCUGCAACUACACUGUCAGUGAAUCAGAAGCGUGGUGCCUUCGUCAGCAGUUAAUAGAUGAGCAAGAGGAAAGCCUCCUGUUUCCGUGCUCUGUACCGGCCCAUUUAUCUCAGCAAGAGAGCACUCAGUCCCCCAACUACCUGUCCAGCCCGGACACUGUCUUUACUCCAUUGACCAGCACUCCAACCAGCGGUGUCUCUGCCCAGUCCUUCGACUUCAGUGGGAUCUGUGGCCUGGACUUUGCCGAGGUGCCCGGGCAGGCAGGAGGGGAGGAGGAUGCCGAGCUAUUUCACCGUGGGGGGCUUCUCCCCGCGCUGCCUCAGGAGAAGAAGGAGGCAGGCCCCCGGGGCACCGACAGGACCAGCAAGCUCCCCGAGCUGUCCUUUAGUGACUGUACAUUCACCUCCCACUCGCCCACUCCCCCCUGCACCCCCCAGCUGCUGGGAGCCGCCUUUGCCUUUGGGGGGCAGGAGCCAUUUGGCCCGAGUGCCGCCAGCGAGCUCUACUAUCCCCUCGAGCCCUGUGCCUCGCUGUAUGAGCGGCUGCCCCCUUCCCCUGACAGCCCAGGCCACGGGGGCUGCACCGUGAUGGGGCUGCCCCAGGUGCCCGCUCCCCUCUACAUCCACGUGCCCAGUACCCCCGAAGGGAUCCUCACCCCCGAGGCCUCACCCAUCAAGUUGCCCGCCAGCCGCUACUUUGGCUACUUUGCGGAGGGCACCGCACGGACUGACAUCGAAGCCCUGGUCAAACAGCUCGGAUGCCAACUGGCUGGGCAAGAGAGCCAACGUGGCACAGUAACCCUCGGGAUGGCCCAGCAACAGGAUCCAGCCAUUGGUGAGACCUGCCAGUCCCAGAGCCCCUCAGAGAACGCCAGCACGGACCAACAAGCCCCCAAGCUGUGGAGGAGCAUGGACUUCUCUGCCAUCAGCUUUGGCCAGGAAAGCGGCGAGGAUGAAGAUGUCAUUGAGAACAUUCUGAAAGACCUGAGCGCUUCCUCAAUGGUGGGAGGCACUGCAGCCCCUAGUCCCCAGCAAGUGGGGAUGGGGAUAUGCCCAUCUCCCACCCCGGUGGGAAACAGCCAAGCCGUAUCGGACUGCAAUCCAGACUCUCGCUCUGCCACCGACCUGUCUGCAGAAGAGCAAACCUUCCUUGAAGAGUUGACUUCAUAUGAAAAUGUAUUUGAGACUCUUGUCUCAAGGUCCCCCUGUGAUGGGUUUAUCGAUGAGUUGCAUCAACUCCAAAGUCACCCCCAUGAGUACUUCCACCAAGAUGGAAAUGGAAGUGAAUCUUCAUUCUGAAAUAAGUCUAUGACUUACUUCAUCAAGUAUGGCAUAUUGUCAUAUUUUGUGAAGCAAUGACAAUCAAAGAUAUCACUUUGAAACUAAGGACACUUGUUCAAAAGCUCUUAAUUCUCUCCUUACAACGCACUGCAUGGGGUUUGGGGAGGGGGGUGUUUAAUUGUAUUUUGAAGAAAAACCUUCCUUUUUGUAACAUGACUGCACUUCAAUCACGUCUGGGGCACAAGCUGUCACUAUAAUGAUUUAAACUUGAAGUAGACCUGUGUUGCUAUGGAAGAGGAUAUUGUAAGACAUACUUACAGAUGUAACUGUAUCACUUGUAGUGACUAACCAAAUCGUAAGAAAGAAACAGAUAUUAUUACUUUUCUCGAAAUGAUAACUGUACAAAUGACACAUUCUGAAUGUAUUAUUCACGUGUCAUCAGAGCUAAUGUAGAACUCUCUACAAUUAAGUAUAAGGAUUGAAUCCUGUUUAAGUUCUUGUAUUUCCUCACAGAGAUAUUUCUAUGUUUGUACAUAGAUUAAUGGAGAUUUAUUAACAAAUGCAAGCAUUUUUUAUAUAAUCUCAA